UAAGACUGUACCCAGUGUGUGUGGCAUGGCAACCUGUAAAAAUACAGAAGGAUCAUUUCUUUGUAUCUGCUCACAUGAGAAGGAAGAAUUUGACCCCAUAACUGGAAAAUGCAACCAUCCUACUCAAACAGAUGUACAAAUAUCAACAAGCAGAACAAGAGAUUCACGUGUUUUUGAGUCCAGUACUAACUCCAGUGACUGUUACUACCAUAUAAAUGAUAUCAGUGUUUGCACAAACAUACUUGCAAGAAACAUCAGCAGGGAAGUGUGUUGCUGCACUGCUGGACAAGGAUGGGGUGCCAACUGCCAGGUGCAGCCCUGCCCUGUCCCAGGUUCAGAUGAAUACCAGCAUCUUUGCCCUGGAGGAACAGGAUCUAUCUUAACCGGAAGAGGAGCUUUUGCAACAUACACAGAUGCUGAUGAGUGCAAACUGUUUCAUCCUACACUCUGUAAAGGUGGAAUUUGUGUGAACCAUCUUUCUGGCUAUAGCUGUUACUGCCCUACUGGUUCCUACUACAACAGCCUGCUUUUAGAAUGUAAAGGUAAUGAGACUGCCAGUAUCACCAUAAUCAUAGCAUGCACUGUAAAUCUUCUUAAAGAGACUCGUCUGACAAACAACGUGGUCACUGUCUAA